UAUGAUCCCUCUUUCCUUGAAACUUACUGUAAGCCUGUACAGUUGAAGAAUGGUUCCUGGCAUUACUGAUCCAGGAUGACGUUUUGUUGGCUAGGAACGCCAACAAAACCAUUUUAAAUCUCUCUCUGCCACUUAGCACACACACUGCUGGAGACUUUUUACCCCUUGCCCCAGUUCUCCACCACCUGGUUUGCAGUUGCUGAGUUUCUCUCAGCUCUUCCUUUAUCCAGGAGGUAUCAGGCCUUUAAAAAGUUCAAAGGGAAGAAAUGAGACUGAAACUUCUGCAGCGUCAGAUGAGAUCUUUCCACACUUUAACAACAAUAUGCCAGUGCCAAAGCUUUAACAAAACUGGAUAUCUGCUUUUAAAGCUGGAUAAUGAAGUUGAAAGAGCAGCUCACAGAACAGCAAAGUCUUGGGAUUUGUAUGCACUGAAACCUGUGUUGCCUUGGUUGACGAGUCAACGUGUGCAAGUCAGGAAUCGGCAUUUUCUCCAAGGAUUUCUGUCCACUUUGGAAAGAAAUGUUUAUUAUCAGAAUGGGGAGGGUUUUUUCUCAUCCUGGAGACGUUUGGGGGUGACAAUGAUGGAAAACUACAGGCUCAAUACAGAGUGGAUCAAAAAGCUUAGGAACACAUCAUCAAGAUUUUAUGCAGUUGUAUCAGCUGGUAAAACUGUCCCCAAAGCCAGUAACCAGCCAGUUAAGAGGCCACCAAAGGCACCAAGGACCAAGCAGCCAUCCAGAACGAACCUGCCACUCUCAGACAUGGAGAAUCUGAUGCAGUGCACAGCCUUUGCAACAGCAGAUGAAUAUCAUCUUGGUAAUCUGUGUCAUGACCUGACUUCACAUGGAUAUGUUGAAAUAACAAGUUUGCCUAGAGAUGCUGCAAAUGUUUUGGUGGUCAGUACUGAGAAAUCUGCAAAAGAAGAUGAUCCUGGCAUGAUUUUUUUCUUCAGGGAAGGGGCUGUUGUAUUUUGGAAUGUGGAAGAGAAAAGUAUGAAGAAUAUCAUGCGAGUGCUAGAGCACCAUGAAAUUCAGCCAUACGAAGUUGCACUGGUCCAUUGGGAGAAUGAAGAGCUGAACUAUAGAAUAGGAGAAGGUCAGUCAAAGCUCCAUAAAGGACAAAUCUUGUUAAAUUCUGAGCUGGAUAGUGAUGAAGUUGUGCUGCAGAAAUUUGCCUUUUCAAAUGCUCUUUGUCUUUCUGUGAAGCUAGCUAUUUGGGAAUCAUUACUGGAUAACUUUGUGGAAUCUAUCCAGUCAAUUCCUGAGAUUCUAAAGUCAAGAAGGAAGGUAAAACUCUCUCAUGCAGAUGUGAUGCAGAAAAUUGGAGAACUCUUCGCACUAAGACACCGUAUAAAUCUGAGCUCAGACCUGCUAAUAACACCAGACUUCUACUGGGACAGAGAAAAACUGGAAGAGCUUUAUGACAAGACUUGCCAGUUUCUCAACAUUAAUCGCAGAGUUAAGGUAAUGAAUGAAAAGCUCCAGCACUGCAUGGAGCUGACAGACCUAAUGCGAAAUCACCUGAAUGAAAAGCACGCGCUGCGCCUUGAGUGGAUGAUAGUAAUACUAAUCACCAUAGAGGUUCUGUUUGAACUUGCAAGGGUAGUUUUCUGAUGACAGAACAAACUCAGAAAGAAGAAAACAGACAAAACAAUAGAAAACACAAGACUUGGAAAAUUCCGAUCAGAUGCUUCUGGAGAAUCAUAAAAUUGUGUCUCUUGAUAAAUCUCUAAAUCUUUUGCUCAAAUAAAAAAAAAAAAUUCAAAUCAGUCUGUGAACAUUAUUCCCAGCCACUGUACUAAUAAUGUUAGAGAGGGCUUAACCUAUGGAUGAAUCUGUGCUGACUGUAUUUGGUGAAAGACUCUACUGCUUUCACCCUUAACAGUUAAAAUAAUGCUGAAUAAAUUGCUACUUUGUGUAUUUCUGA